UUGAUAUUUUUUGUUUUAAAUAGUGGGCGAUAUCUGGGAUCAUGAAAUCAUUCGUGAUCCAAUUUUCGCCCUGGGCGAAUUUUCAUACAGCGUUUUGAAAGAGAACACUUGAUCCAGUUUUCGCCCACCUGUCAAACUCGCAAAACAAAUGCAAAGUGUGUUUCUUCUCGAACAGUUUUGAUGCACAAAAAUGGGGAAAUAUCGGACGACUUACUCGGAGGCGGAAGUUUCCGCUGCGGUGGAUAAAGUGCGUCGCAAGUUGCUGGGCGUCAACGAAGCGGCUAGACGCUUUGGCGUUCCCAAAAGCACGAUUCGUUCGCGAACCAAGAUGAACCCACGGAACGUUGUCCGUUCCGGUCCGCAGUCCAUUCUGACCUCGGAAGAGGAAGAUGAAAUCCAAAAGUGGAUUUUUGACAUGCAGUGCCGUGGCUUCCCGGUUACUCAAGAGAUGCUUAUGGGAACCGUUCAGCAGAUUCUUAUUGCUCAACCGCGAAAGAAUCCAUUCAAGAAUAACUGCCCAGGGAAAAAAUGGUUCAAACUUUUCCGGCAGCGCCACCCUGAAAUCGCCAUACGAACCCCAGAAUUUAUCACCAAUGCUAGCUCCAAAGUUAGCCCGGAGGACAUAAAGGGCUGGUACAGUGUAAUCGAUUACUAUAUCGAGCAGAAUGACCUCAAACAGAUUCUGGAAGAUCCGGAUCGUAUGAUAAACGGGGACGAGACGAACUUUUUGCUGAAUCCGAAAACCAAGGCGGUUCUGGCGAUGCGGGGUAGCCGCAAUGUGUACCUGAGUCGGGCGGAGAAGAAUACACCUAGUUGUCAGUGUCAGCCACUUGCGAACUGUCAGUGAGAGCCGCCUUCAAUUUUUGUUACUGUUCUUAUUUGGUUA